UAUGUUUUGACUUUUGAAUUAGCUUCACUUUAGACUUUGGCUUGAUAAUCACCCAUUAAUUUUAAAAGGCCCAUUCUAAUAUAUGCAUACAUCUUUCAAUCCUCCAGUGAUCAAUUUUCUCAUGCAAUGUAUUGAAAAGGAUCUUCUGAAUGUCAUUAGCCAUCAUCAUCGUUAUCAUAGAUUGUCAUUGUAUAUAAGAGCUUAUGUUUUCCCUAAUUAAAACUCUUUUCAAGAUUUGUUAUAUAGUUUUUGCUUGAGAGAAAUUAAAUUAGAAACAUUUUCUCCAACUUUAAUUAAUGUAUACAAGCGAUUUUGAAUUAAUUAGAAUAUGAAGUUCUUGGAAACGGCAAAAACAAUUCGUCUGAAAACGCACAAUGGGAAAUACCUAAUUGCAAGCAAUGAUGAGAAAUCUAUACGCCAAAGCCGUGAUGGCUCAACACCAAAUGCACUUUGGUCCGUAGAGUUAUUGGAUGGCCAACACUAUAUCCGCCUUAAAAGUUGUUAUGGCAAGUAUUUGACAGCUUCAAAUGUUCCAUUACUUCCUAAGGUCACCAGAUCAAGAAAAGUGAUGCAGACGUUGCCUGAGAAAUUGUGUUCGGCAACAGAAUGGGAGGCAGAACAAGAUGGGUCAAUAUACCAAGUGCGUCUAAAGACGCGAUACGGCCAUUUCCUAAGACCCUUUGGAGGAAUACCCCCAUGGAGGAACAUUGUCACACAUGAUAUUCCUCAUAGAAAAAAUGCUACUCUUUGGGAAAUUGAAGUUAUGGAGACUCGUUUGGUUCCCAAAAAUGUUCAACAACCUGCUACAAAUUUUGCCCAAAUUACCAAAUCAUUCUCUUGCUCUUUUACCGAGCCCAUAUAAACAAAUGAAUUGUAUAUCAUUCUAAAUUCUGGGUGCUUUUUAUUAAGUUGGCUUGAAAAUCAUCAAUGUUUUUUGGUAAAAAAAUGUCUGUCUAUAAUUCUUUUGCUAUACAUUCUGAUUCUUGUUAUUAUGUGAUGAUUAGUAAAAAGAAAUGAUUAAAACAUUCAAAACAUUUAAAAAUUGAUAAGUUGUACAUAUGAUAAAUCACAUGUUAUUUUUUGGAGUGUAUACUAACAAUAUUAAAUUACAGAUAAUAUAUUAAAUUAUU